AAACAAUGAUCACUAAACACAGGAACAAGCCUUGCUUUAGCAUGGACAUCUAAAUAAUUUGGUCAUCUGUUCUAGAUAGGGGUGGAUUAAAAAGGAUCUCAUGUACUUUCUUGGAUGAAAUUGUAAACAGUUCUCUUGUGUAUUAGUCGUGGAGGGACAAGCAGCGAACAAGUGUAGUCGGUAUGCCACCCAAGAAAAAGGGUUCGGCGGACCGUCAGGACUCAGGGGCCACUGAGGAGAAAGAAAAGAAUGCUCAGGUCCAGCUGGAGAAGGCCAAGUCAAAACCUGUUGCAUUUGCUGUACGUACAAACUACACUUACACCCCUGCCGAUGAUGACAACAUUCCUAUCCCAGGGCAUGGAGUUGCCUUUGAGGCUAAAGAUUUCCUGCAUGUUAAAGAGAAAUUCAAUAAUGACUGGUGGAUUGGCCGGCUGGUGAAAGAAGGUGGAGAAGUAGGUUUCAUCCCCAGCCCAGUCAAUCUGGAGACUAUUCUCAUUCGGAGGGAGGUGCAAGCCAGGAAAGCGGCCAAAGCUCUAGCCAACAAAGCAGCAAGCUCUGCCAAAGAUGAUAUAAACUCAAAGAAAGCCAUUCCUCCACCAACAGUUCAGCAAGUGAAGAAGAAAUCAGGGGAACAACUGGCAGCAUAUGAUGUUGUGCCUUCCAUGCGUCCUGUUGUACUGAUGGGGCCUUCACUCAAAGGCUAUGAGGUUACAGACAUGAUGCAGAAGGCCCUUUUUGAUUUUUUAAAGCACAGAUUUGAAGGCAGAAUAACUAUCACUCGAGUGAUGGCUGACAUUGCUCUUGCAAAGCGUUCAAUUCUAAACAACCCCAGUAAACAUGCUAUAAUGGAUCGCUCCAACACACGUUCCAGCCUCGAUGCAGCUGCUCAGAUCCAAGGGGAGAUUGAGAGGAUCUUUGAGCUUGCACGUAGCUUGCAACUGGUGGUUCUGGAUGCAGACACUAUAAACCACCCACUCCAACUCAGCAAGACGUCCCUGGCUCCAAUUCUCGUCUAUGUCAAGAUCUCCUCUCCCAAGGUUCUCACGAGAUUGAUAAAGACCAGGGGAAAGUCCCAGACCAAGCAUCUCAAUGUUCAGAUGGUGGCCGCAGAUAAACUUGCCCAGUGUCCCAAUGAGAUCUUUGAUGUCAUCUUAGAUGAGAACCAGUUGUCAGAUGCCUGUGAGCACAUAGCUGAAUAUCUGGAGUCUUACUGGAGAGCCACUCACCCACCAGAGAUGGAGACAGCCAAGUCUGCACUGGAGCCCACGGAGAGCACAAUCCCCAGCAGCCUCACACCUGCCAAGAAUGAAUCAAAAAACAAAAGGAUGGUGACUGCUAAGAGGAAAGGAUCUGUGGAGAAUCUGAAUGAGGAGCAAAAAGAGGAUGACAAAGAAGAAGAGGAAAGAGAGGAAAAGGCAGCUGAACAGAUCCGGCUCCUGAAGAGUGAGCCGAAGAGACCACAGCAUAGCCACCACCACCACCGACACCACCACCGUCACCAUCACCGCCGCAGCAGCACAGACCAACCCGAACAGCACAACCAGCACCCUGACCACUCACAGAAUAUGGACAUAAUUAAUGUGGCAAGGAAAAACUCAGAGCCUCAGAGCCAUCUUCUGCUGCUAGACAAGGAAGGAUUAAACCAAACUGAGGUGCAUACGACCGAGAGUACAAUCCAUAAAGACCAAAACCAUCACCACCACCACCAUCACCACCACCACCAUCACCACAAAACCAUGGACCCUCACAGUGACUAUGGGCAAGACUACAAGCUGAAGCACAAUCAGCGCAACAGGCAGCAUAGUCAUCAGAGACACCUAUACCUCUCUAAUGAACAGACGCUUCCAUUGCACCAUUUGGAGUCAUCCGAACAUUACAGCCUUGAACACCAAUACCAGUACCGGGCCCGGGAGCGAGAGAGAGAAAAGAACAAGGAGAAAAGCAACAACAGACAUGAUGGUGCUGACAAUUGGAGCAGAGAUAUAUACAUUCAUCACUGACUUCUGUGGAUGUGCAGUGUGCUGAUGCUGUUAUGAAAAACAUUAUGUAGAUGUAAUGCCAGUACUUGUACUGUUUAAAGGUCUUACCAUAAGCAUUCACAAAGUAAAAGCACUGUAUAUGUUUAGAAUGGUUGUGUAAAGGCUGGUUAUU